CCAUGAUACCAGCAGUCAACACACCAUAAUAAUACCAGCAGUCAACACACCAUAAUAAUGCUAUGAUACCAGCAGUCAAGUCCCACAGUUACCAACAGCACACACCGUAACACACCAGAAUAAUGCACGGUAAGCACGGUCACACACACACACUAGCGGUGCGCCAUCUGCGACUUGCCAGACAGCACUGGAGUCGUUGUAACAACCGGGCCGCCAUCACGUGUCGGAUCACAAUCAGGAAGUUGUCGUUGUUGUCAUAGCUGCAAAUUAUGAGACACAUUAUCUAGAUAACGGUAGCCGUUGGAUCGUGGAGCCUUGUGGUGGGGACUGGGCGAUCUAUUGACGCUGAAGGCAACGCCACACAACGCACGAGGUCACCUGUCUUGUGACAAACAGUGUGUGUGUGUGUGAUAGCAGAUGGCAGUACCAGCCACAGAGUCCACCUACCCACCCCCUUCUCCUCCACCCACCAUGCGGGAGGAUCUUUUCCAGAAGCAAGACUUCGUGGCCUUGGAUCAAAUGGCCAAACAGGCCCCGGCAAAUCUAGUGAACAGUUUUUCAGAGCUAAUCGUUUACCUGACUAAAGAUAUGGACAACGACCUGCACAAGGUUCGCUCCAUCUUCGUGUGGCUGUCAGCUCAGUCCGUACUCACCACCAACUUCCCCAAAGUGGUCAAGCCGGACACGCCCCUCAACUUCCUUAAACGCUGCAAGUUGGACCGUGAGAUAUACACCGACCUCUUUGCCGUCCUGUGCAGGAAGGCAGGUGUGCCGUGUGUAAUUAUCGAGGGUACUACAAAAGGUGCCGGCUGGGAAGUAGGUGAUCAGUGCGAACUGGCGGCGACCAAUCGCUGGAAUGCAGUGCACGUGCAAAACUCGUGGCGACUGGUCAACGUGCCCUGGGCCUUAGUCACCACUGGGGACCUGGAGCAAGACAACUGGAUCAAGGUGGAAGAAGAUGGCCGAGCGGUUAGAGAAAGGGAGACUGUCGAUAGCUUCGUGCAUCAGGACAUGGACGAAUUUUGGUUCUUGCCGGACCCCGAGAACAUGGUGUGCUUCUGCUUUCCAAAGGAUCCGAGAUGGCAACUGCUGUCUGAGCCCUGGAGUCAAGAAAACUUCAUCAGUACUCCGAGAUACGCUCAAGAGUUCAUGGGGUCACAGUGGGAGCUGGUGAGCGCGGCGCAGGCUGUGCUGGAGGCCGACGAGGGCAAGUGCAAGAUCACCUUUAGCCAUCCUCGCGAUGUCAAAGGCACUCUCCACUACAACCUCUUCUUUAACCCCAAGCUGUCCAACGUACAGCUGCCGGAGGACCUACAGCUUGAUCGCUACGUUGUGGAAGAAUGCAAGCUGGGCCUCAAGUCGGUGGUGACGCGACUUCCGGUAAAGGGGGUCUACCGCAUUCAACUGGCAGGCAGCUUUGGCGAGAACGAACUGACCCCACUGCUGGAAUUCCGCAUCAAUUGUGUUGGGGAAAUCAAGCAGCCUGUCCCCUUCCCCGAGGGCUGUAAGCAGGUCGGGUACAGCGAGGAGUCGGCGGAGUUGGGGCUCGUGGAGCCCAGUCACGAGGAGGGGGUGGUGGAGACACGGAAAGGAGAAAAGAUCAGCUUUCAAUUCAAGCUCAAAGACAAAAAGCCCGCCCACAUCAAAGCCACGUUAAUCAACAAUAACAGGUCGACUGAAGAGCUGAGCCAGUAUGUCACAUGUGAGAGGACCAAAGAAGACAUCAACAUCACAGUGACGAUGCCUGAUGUACAAGAAUGUGGCUUAUGUAUCGAGAACGCGAGCAUCCCUGACUACGACAUCAGCUACCUGCUGACGCAGGACUCCAAGCUCAAGUUCAAGGAACAAGAACCUCUGGAAAAGAGAAAGAGCGAGAUUCUCAAGGCUCUCGAUGAAGGCGACAUGAAGAAGAUCAUACAUUUCCUGCAACCCGCGGAAGACCUGCGACACGCCAUCGACCCUUUUCUCAAAAGCAGGAUUGAGGCCUACAGGGAGCGGGCCAACACCAGCUCCAGACAUCGGGACAAAGCCUUGAUGAAUGCCAUGAAGACAGAGGACGUGUUGGAGCUGAAGUAUGCCAUAGCGGCGUACGAGCAGCAGAUGGGCGAUGAUAAGGCCACACUGCACCUCGCCAACCUCAUCCUGCACCUGCUGCAGGCGCUGAAAGACGACAGCAGUUGGGAACGUCUAGAGGGCGCUCUUCGCCCUCUGCUAAGCCUUACACAGGAAGAUUAUGGCCACGGGGAGAGGGCAGUCAGAACCCUCAUGAAGCAGUACGAGAAAGCGGUGUGCGAGGCGUACUACCAGCGGUCGUUGGCGGCGCUGGAGCAGGCAGUGACAGGUGUGCACGCGUCGUGUCUGGCCGCACAGCUACAGCAGCAGGACUUCUACACUCGUGCCGUCACCUUGCAGACUCAGCUACAGCAACUACAGCGUGUGGUGCGUGACGUGCGCAGUUUGACGUCACUGGAUCUGGCGGCCCUCGUCAACACUCGCGGCAGACCAAACCCUCACCUGCACUCCACCUUGAUGGCCACUCUCAUUCUCCUGGGGGAAGAAGAAAAAGAAUUGUGGGAGUGGAGCAACGUGCAGAACCUAGUGCAGCGGAAGAGUGAGCUCAAGCAGCAGCUUGUGGAGUUGGACUACAGUAGGGUAAAGGUCAAGCAGGCCGAGCUGGCUGCGCACCACGUCCGCCAGUGUCAAGUCGACCUGCUACGCAAGGAGAACAGCGCAUGCGCCGCUCUCCUUCUGGAGUGGGUGCAGGUAACGACGGAGGAGAUCUGUGGGCGAGAAGCCAUGCGAACUCAGAUGAAGCAGACGACAAGCACUUGAUGAUGACAGAUGGUCGGACCACUUCAUCGCAGUUUUUGUUCGUCCGCUGGGGUGCCCAGCUCAUGCCAGCUCAUGAAGUUUCAUCGCAAACAGCUUUUGACUGUGAAGUGAGGCCGAGUUCAUGCUAGUGAUGUUUUCACCAUUGUGGGGCCUAACCCUCACCCUGACAACUAAUGAUUCUUCACCAUCGUGAAACUUAUUUCAGGGUUAGCUUAGCUUCAUCUUUGUCAAGCCCUUUUCAGAACUAACUUUGGUUUUAUUAUUAUCAUUUACAUGUAUGUUUAUUCAUUUUUUUGUGUGGUGUGUGUGACUAUUAAAAUCAACUGCCAGCUCUCUUUUCCUACUAAAAACAAAAACAAACAAACAAACAAACAAACAAACAAACAAACAAAAUCCCGUUAGCGUGAUGUCAUAGUUGUAACUGUGUAUUCAAGAUACAAUGACAAGAACAGUGGUUAUAGAUAAUUUCUUCAUGGCUAUAUGGCAGUACAGAGAGGAUGUGGACAUUGUCAGGGUUUGGAAUAUUCUUUGCAUCAUUUUCCGAAACGUUUACUUGUAUAAGAUUAUAAAUUUUAAUAAAGUUUCUUACUCUCUCUGAA